AUGGGCGAGAUCAAUGUUUAUGCCAAAACUGUAACUCCACCAAGACAUGCAAAAUCUUGCCCAUCCUAUGAUUUUUCCAGGAAGCAUAACGUUUCAAAGAAAUCUUCAAGUUCUGCCACGUCAUGGUGGAAUUCACCAGAGACAAAGAGGAAAAAACGUGUUGCAAGAUAUAAGCUUUAUACCGUCGAAGGAAAAGUUAAGUCUUCUUUAAAGAAAGGGUUUCGUUGGGUCAAGAGAACCUGCUAUAGGAUUAUACAUCUAUAG